CUUUGCUGUGAGACUCAUUCGCACUUUUGUCAUCGAGCGUCGCAGAAUAUACGACCAACUGUUGGACCUAGACCAGAAAGUAGUCGGUGGAAGUCUUCGCAAGCUACAAAUAGAAAGUGAAAAUUAUGAAAUAAUUUGUGUGAAUAUAUUUUAAAUACUUUUUGCAAAAAGAACGAGACAUACUUAUAGCCAUGGCUAAGGAGACAAGUAAAAUGCUAAAUCCAGAAUUUAAAAUGGAACUAGAAGCGGCCGAACCUGUGGAGCCCCAAGCUCGAUGGGGAAAUUUUUUCGCCAACCACUGGAAAGGAUGUGUCGUAUUUCUCAUGCCUCUGUUAUGCCUGCCCAUAAUAUUAAUGAAUAAUAUUCCAGAAUACCGAUGUAUGUACAUACUACUGAUAAUGGCUGUGUUUUGGGUCACAGAAGCAUUGCCUUUAUAUGUAACAUCAAUGAUACCAAUUGUUGCAUUUCCUACUUUGGGCAUUAUGGGAUCUGAAGAGACAUGUAUGACCUACUUUAAGGAUACGCUAGUCAUGUUCAUGGGCGGCAUUAUGGUUGCUCUGGCAGUGGAAUACAGCGGCUUACAUAAACGCCUAGCGCUUAGAGUUAUUCAAAUGGUGGGCUGCAGUCCCAGAAGACUACAUUUUGGCCUGAUUAUGGUGACAAUGUUCAUAUCCAUGUGGAUUUCCAAUGCAGCCUGUACAGCUAUGAUGAGCCCGAUUGUGCAGGCGGUGCUUGAGGAACUCCAAGCGCAAGGUGUCUGCAAAAUCUAUCAUGAGCCAGAGUAUCAAAUGGUUGGUGGAAAGAACAAAAAGAAGAACGAAGAUGAAUUGCCGUAUCCGACAAAGGUGACACAAUGCUACUACCUGGGAAUUGCAUAUGCGUCUUCACUUGGUGGUUGUGGCACCAUAAUUGGAACUGCAACAAAUCUAACAUUCAAGGGCAUCUAUGACACUGCAUUCCCCAAUGCUACCGAAAAAUUGGAUUUCCCCACAUUUAUGUUCUAUUCGGUGCCGUCUAUGUUGGUCUAUACAGUUCUUACAUAUGUGUUUCUACAAUGGCAUUUUAUGGGUCUCUGGCGGCCAAAUAGCAAGGAGGCACAGGAGGUGCAGGUGGGCAAGGAUAACGCACAUGUGGCCAAGAAAGUCAUUGAUCAACGUUACAAAGAGCUAGGCCCUAUGAAUAUGCAUGAAAUCCAAGUGAUGAUACUUUUCAUUUUAAUGGUCUUCAUGUACUUCACACGAAAGCCGGGCAUCUUUACCGGAUGGGCUGACUUGCUGCCCUCCAAGGUGAUUAAAAACUCGAUGCCUACCAUCUUUGUGGUGAUCAUGUGCUUCAUGCUACCGGCCAACUAUGCAUUCCUAAGAUAUUGCACACGUCGUGGCGCUGUGCCAACGACGCCGACCCCAUCACUGAUCACCUGGAAGUUUAUUCAGUCUAGGGUUCCAUGGGGUCUGAUCUUCCUGCUUGGUGGUGGUUUCGCCCUGGCAGCGGGCAGCAAGCAAAGUGGCAUGGCAACAUUGAUUGGUAGUUCGAUGAGUGGUCUGAAGGUACUUCCUAACGCAGCAUUGCUUUUGGUCGUCAUUCUGGUGGCUGUAUUUAUGACUGCCUUCAGCUCAAAUGUGGCUGUUGCCAAUAUUCUCAUACCUGUGCUCAACGAGAUGUCGCUGGCACUGAAGAUACACCCGCUGUACCUAGUCUUUCCAGCAGGCCUUGCUUGUAGUAUGGCGUUCCAUUUGCCGGUGAGCACGCCACCAAAUGCUCUUGUUGCUGGCUAUGCGCAUAUCCGCAGCAAGGAUAUGGCGAUAGCAGGUAUUGGACCUACUAUUAUUACCAUUGUAGUGCUAUUCAUUUUCUGCCAAACUUGGGCUAUGGUAAUCUAUCCAAACUUGGACACAUUUCCGGAAUGGGCACAAAUUGCCGCCGAGGAAGCAGCUAACAAGACUCGCAUGCUGGCCGAGAUAACUGCCAACAAGACGCAUUUGUUGGAGUUGGCAGCUAAUGCAACUCGUCUAUUGGCAAACAAUACUGAACUGUUAACCGAUCUAUCUACUAGCAGCUCAAAUUUGGUGGGCGACCUGAUUGCCAACAGCUCGGAGCCAUUGGCUCAAUUGGCUGUCAAUGGCACACGCUUGUUGACUGAAAUUGCCUUAAACAAAACUCUCUAAUUAAUGGUAACUGACUAUUUAGUUGUCUUGUCUAAAAGUGGUCACGAGCCCCCCGAGUAGCGUCGUUAGGGAACCUGUACAAAGAAACACACAAGUGCCUUUGACUAAAUAAUUUUAUGAUCUACUACGCCAUUAAGUAAAAAGUUAAAAAACAAUAAAUGUAACCAAUGAAAACCAUUACACUUUGGAACGAAUUUACAAAUCCCAAUCCUAAAACUUUGAACUCUAAUGAUAACUGCUUUUGUGUGACACUAUUAGACUAAAAUUGAUUGAUAACUGAAAUUUGUUAUAUAGCGAGAUGAGUGUGUGAAAGUUAACAAUAAUUAGGAUAUAAAACGUCCUUUCAGCAACCAAUCGCAUUUACUAAAAGCCUUUAAAGGUAAAAGAAGAUUUAUGAAAAAUUACAUGUGCUAGUUAAUAAUUGCAUUUAGCGGAAAUAAAAUGUUAUAUAUAUAUUUGUUGUGCGAAACAACAGGCAUUGAAAUGUAUUUUUAUACUCUUUUUAGUAACCAGACUGACGAAUCGUGAUUUUGC